GAAUACACGAGAAAAACUUGUUAUGUUCCUUGAAAUGCGCAUGCGCAAUCUCUUGGAUAAUCGCCGGUACCGACUAAUGGCGACAAAACCCGACCGUUGGUAUUUUUCAAGAGAACAACUGAAAAACAGUCCUUCUGCAAAAUGUGGGACAGAGCCAGAGAAAGAAUUAUCCUACCGGCAGCAGGCUGCCAACCUAAUUCAAGAUAUGGGGCAGCGGCUUCAAGUAUUUCAAUUGUGUAUCAACACAGCCAUUGUGUAUAUGCACAGAUUUUACAUGUUCCAUUCAUUUACAAAGUUUCCACGCAAUAGCAUAUCUGCAGCAUGUCUUUUUCUUGCUGCAAAAGUUGAAGAGCAGCCUCAUAAGCUUGAACAUGUCAUUCGAGUUGCCCAUGCAUGCCUGCACAGAGGGGAACCACCCCUGGACCCAAGGAGUAAUGCAUAUGCUCAGCAAGCUCAGGAGUUGGUUAUCAAUGAGAGCAUCAUACUGCAAACUCUUGGUUUUGAAGUGGGUGUUGUACAUCCACAUACACAUGUUGUCAAAUGCACUCAGAUGAUAAGAGCCAGCAAGGACCUGUCCCAGAGCUCCUAUUUCUUAGCGACCAACAGCCUUCAUCUGACCACAUUCUGCCUGAAGUACAAGCCAACUGUUGUAGCCUGUGUUUGCAUUCACCUAGCCUGUAAAUGGACUCAGUGGACGAUUCCCAAGUCCAAUGAUGGCAAAGGCUGGUGGGAGUAUGUAGACCCAUCUGUUACAGAGGCCCACCUUGAUGACUUGACAAGAGAGUUUCUUAACAUCAUUGACCGCUGUCCUGCUCGCCUAAAGAAGAGAAUAAUGGGAUACAACAAGAGCGCCAACUCUGCUAAAGAUGUUAAACGACCAAGAUCUGAAGGCCAAUCUAGUAGUGAGAAUUCACAGCAAGCUGGGAGUUCCACCCAAGUUGACAGCAAGGCAUCCACCAGCUCAUCAGUUUAUGAUUUCUCAUUUGAUUCAAAGCCAGCUAGCGGAUUUGACCAGUAUUCAGACAGUGAAGAUUCAAAAUGUGAAGAAACUUCCUCUCAAAAGACUGAACCCACUGUUCAAAAGAGUGAAAAGAAAGUAGUAUCCAUUGAAGAGUACAAGAAGAGCAAAGAUAGAGAACGUAAAGAAAAGGAUAUACUUGCAAAGCAGCAACAACGUUCUAGUGCAGGGGAUAAGCCUGAUACAGGUGGAGUGGGAAGUAGUAGGGCAUUACCUAAAGAUUUUAUCAAACAGGGGCCAAAGCUUUUGCCUACUAACAUUGAAAACAUAAUCAGUUCAAAAGAAAGAAUUCCUUAUGGGCUAGAAAAGUUAUCCUCAGGAAAAGAGUCUGUUCACCUUCCACAUGAAAAAUCUCACACAGGUCAUGACAGAAUACCCUCAAAUCAUGAAAAACGUCCAUCCCAGGAUAAACAUCUAUCAGGGUCCAAGAGAACUUUACCGUCUCAUGAUAAAAUGCAUUCAGGGCAUACAAGAGGACCAUCUGGGCCUGACAGGUUAUCAUCUACAGAAAGAAAUUCUGGAAUUGAAAAGCCUUUUUCAAGUCAUGGGAGAGAUCCUGUUCGACCACUUGUUCAUGACCAGACUUCUUCAAGCCUUGGGAUAAGACCACAGGAUAAAGUUGCUGCCUCAUCUCUUGGUUCAGCGAAGCAUUCUGGAAGUGCAAAGCAGAAGGAUCAUAGGAGAUCAGAGCUUCACAUACCUGCAUCUGCAGGAAGUAGUAAAGAAGCACCGAGUUUACCAACUGAAAGGACGUUAUCAGUCAAGGUGAAAGAUGUCUUAGGAAAAGAACAUGGGCAAAGAAGCUAUGCUCAGGCUGUCAAAUCGUCAAAGCAUCAAAAGGAGCACACGAGUAGACCUGAACAUCCCACUUUGCAUCCAGAAAAAGCUGUCAAAGAAAGAAAACCAGAAGCUCCAAAAGAAUCUCUGCCUAUUUUGAGAGAAGAACCAGAACAAGAGCAUGCCACUCAGGGAACUCUUGAUCUUCUUAAUCAGAUAAGUGCAGAAAUCAUGAAAGACAUUGAAAAAGAAACCACAAAUCCUACGGAUCCUGUUGUUUCUCAUCCUGUGCCUAUUCUCCAAAGUGUAAAGAAGGAACCAAGGAUUUCAGAAGAUUUGAAAGAUCGAUUACAGGUACCACCUGUACCAACUUCUGUCAAACCUGUUGAAAAGUCACAUGGGGAAUCUGAGAGUGAUGAUAUCAUUGCUGAUGUGGUUUCUCCUUUAGGCGCCAUUCUUGAAGAAAGAAAUGAUCGGCAUGAAAGCAAAGAGGAAAGAAGAGAAGAAAGGGAAAGAAGAAGAGAAGAUAGGGAAAGACGAAGAGAAGGACAUCGGUCAAAGAAAGAUGAAAAAAGGCAUAAAUCCCACAAGCACCGUCAUCGUUCUCCAGGUUCUUCUCAUAAACAUGGUUUGGAAAAUGAUAUCGGUGAAGGCAGUGGGGACAUGGCCCCUUCCAAAAAGCAAAGGCUUGAUCAAGCCGGUUCUACACACACUGUCCUGACUACAUCAAAGGGUAUUAAAUUAAAGAUUAAAGGUUUAGGCAACUCUUUCAACAAUGGUAGUGAACAUGGAAAAGAUACUGAGAAAGCAAAUGAAAACUGUGAUUCUCCAGGCAGUGUUUCACUGAAAUUGAACUUGAGCAAAUUGACUUCCUCUCCUCGAGAAACGGGUAAGGAGAGGGAUAGCAAUCAUCACCAUCAUCAUCACCACCACAGAUCUCACCAUAAACACAAAUCCAGGCAUUCCCGAAGCAAAGAUGGACACCGUAAGCACUCUGUUAGCCCUGGACCAUCUAGUGCUUCAGAUGCUUCACCUGCCAUCUCCCCAUCCAAGAAGAAAACUGUGGAGAUGUAUGAGACAGCAACAAACCUACAAAAUCAAUCUUUACUUGACCUACCUAUGCCACCAAGUAUCUCAAAAACUUCAUCUCGUCAUGCCUCGCCAGUCACCAAGCAUGGCAAACGGAAAAGAGAAUCCAAUCCUCCCCUACCUAAUGAAGAUGUCCCUCCUCCGCCACCACCACCACCCCAAUCCAAAUACAGGUUACCUGCCAGUUCUAGUUUGCAAUCUAUGCAGUUUUCCACCAUUGAUGCUUCUGCUUUGUAUGAUAUACAACCUCCUUUACCAAGUGGAAGACCCAGAGAUCAAAGACCCCCACCACCUCCUCCAGUUCCUACUUCCCAAAGAAGACCCCAUCUUCCACAUUAAAAUUCAAUCUGAUGGAUCUGGACAUAAUAAUUUCUCUCCCAACUUUGCUUGGACAUUUAUUUUAUAUCUUUUUUUACAGAUUGGUGAUAAAAAGAUUAUGACUGAAAGGUGCUUUAAUAUCAAACUAGGUCUUCUCUUUUACAAGAAUCCCCAUACUGCAUUCACCUGUAUCUGCAUAGGUUACACUGCUAAUCACGCGAAUGCUUUAAAAUACAGACACACACACACAUAUAUAUAUGUGUUGAAAAGCUGAAGACAAAUUUCACAAUGGGUAAUUAAUGAAGGCAGAAUGUGAUGUUCAAAUAUUUUGUUGUUGAAUCUUCAUUUUGAAUUUUGUGCUGCUUAUUGCAAUUGGACAGUUUGUUUUUUGGUUUCAAUCCUCCUCCUGUGAAGAGUUUUUUUUAAAGUGGAUUUGGCAAAAAGUUUUGAUGUUUUGGUAUACAGUACUCAUAAAAAAAAUGAUCAUAAGUGAUUCAUAUCAUUUCUGGUGGAUUAUCUUUUUUCUUAUUCAUGAAUUACUUGUGAAAGAGAGGGGAAAAAAGAAACAUGUUCGAUGGGAACAAAAAAUGAAAAAAAAAAUCAUAUAAAGCAUGUACAUACCUUGUAUUGUGUACAUUGUAAGAGGUGAAUUAGUUCAUGUGUAACAUGUAUGAACAAUCUUUAUCAUAUCAUUUCUUUGUAUAACCUAUCAAAGAUAUAUGAAAUAUUAGGUAUCUAAAGAAGAAAUAAGGAAUACUGAUAUUUUGUUAACAUAUGAGCUGGUUCUGAGGCUAUGUUUUUGUAUGAUAUGUAAAGUUGCACUUAAAAAAGAAUAACAUUAAAUUAUUCUCAGGAAAUGUAAGUCUUAUUCAACAUGUACAGAUUACUGAAGAAAUAACUUUCAAAGAGCAUGAAAAUCAAGUGUGAAUCUCAUUGAUGGAUAAUUUUAGGGCUUUUAUUAAGGGGAGGGGUCUUUUUUUUAAGUAGCCCUUUUACUUCUUUGUCAGAGGUUACAAGGAAGUGAUAUUUUGCAAAUUAUUUUGUACCCUACUUCAGCUUAUACAGAAAAUCUUACCCCAAAUGAUAGAUAAACAUGUGUGAUGAAAAUUAGAUUUAAUAUUUGCUUUUAUGUAUAAUACCAUUAAGAUGUGUUGGUGAAAAAAAUGAAGCAAGGUAUUCUGUAUGCAUUUUUUCUCCCUGAUCACAACCCUUUGUAUGAAUGGGAGCUGGGGAGUGUAAAAAGAUAUUGUGAAUGAAAACCAUAUCACCAGUUCCCAACACAACAAAGAACUACAUGUAUAUCAACUUCCUUGCUUGAAAAAAAACACAUAGUGGCUAUGCCCGUGUUUUCCUCAAUCUCUUGUUUUCUUAAUGCCUUGUUUUGGGUUGAGUGAUUGAUGGGGAACUUGUAGAUGAUCGGGCAAGAUUAUAACUUAUAGUUCUCUUGGGGUGAGGUUUCCUUUAAUCAAUAUUAGUAUUUUGCUUACAUACUAAGAACAUCACAAUUAAUCUAUGUAAUAAAUCAUGUUUGAACAGACCUUUGUAUUAUGCAGUUUUUGCAAUAUCAUCAAAUUUCAUGCAUGUGUUUUUGUGAAAUGUGAGAUGUACAUUUUCACACAUAGUUGUUUUAUUCCUCAGAAUGAAAAUUGAAGAUGUAUGCAGUUGAGAAAAGACAUUUUUAUUGAGGUACUUAACAAAGACGAAUGCAUAAAAUUUGCCUACAUUGUGAAAAUUAAUUUGUCAAAGAGAGAUUUUGUCAUUCAGUUUAUGUUCCUUGUUGCUGUAUGGUACAUGACUUUUAACAAAACUUAUUUUUUUUAUUUCAGAUGAAUCAUAAAACAAAACUGUCAAGAAAUUGUAAUUAUAUAGAAGAUAUGGAAUGGAGAUUUGCUUUGAGUUUGGCUUUCAUUUCGAUAAGAAAAUGAGUGGUGGGUUUAUAGUGAAACUAGUACACGGCAGGUAUACCCGAGAUUGAUAAGAAAGAUUUGUUCAUAGUUAAUGCACAUUUGCCAAUGCAUAUCUAUGUACACGUACCUGGAGCUAUGUGUAAUAACACAAUCUUAAGGAUAGAGAAGUAAAUUGUUCAUUGAUAUUAUUUUUAUUAUUUUUUUUAUUGCAUCAUCAAGGAGACAAUGUCUGUGUACAUUGUAUUGUCUUUUUAGUGCUCAUGCAUCUUGUGUAUAUGUACAUGUAUUUGGUGAAAUUUCAUAUGCAUUUACAUUUGCUGUUGGAUUUAUUGAUUUAAAAUUGCUAUUUUAUUUGUUCCAAUCAGAGAGAAAUGUCAAAAUUUCAUUUAAUCUCCUUCAUUGAUAGGCCUACUUAAUCAAGAUUGAUUGCAAGUAACAAUUACAUGGGCCAAUAAAAUUUUCCAUCAGAUUUGUGUGUGACAUGACUUAAAAGAGACAUUGAAUGGAAGCUGAUAUAUUGCCCUGCUUAUUUUAGAUUUGUUUUGUACUUUACUUUCAUUCUGUUUCUAUUGUCAUCUGAUUUCUUGGUAAUUUGUAGUUAAUCUUUAUGUUCAUUGACAAAAUCAUUUGAAUAUGAAGAGAAAUAAUUAAAAACACAUUUUGAAAGGAAACAGAAAA